AUGACUCGCUCCGAAGAAGACAUUCGAUGGGAAAGGAGUGAGGGGAUUCCUCAGGUUGAAGAUGCCUUUAUUCAAAAGUAUCUCGAAGGUCGCGAGGCACUCAUAGAACAGGAACGUAAACAGAGACAUGACUUUGCUUUCCGCGGUUCCAUGUCUGCUGUUGCCCAGGAAGCCUGCAAGAUAGUAUCUACAAUUCGCGAAAAAGAGCUACGUGAAAUAUGGACCAAAGAAAAAGGGUCUCCAGAUGAUGAAUUGUUAUAUCCUGGCAUGAUGUUCACUGUUGCCCGCGAGCGCAUGGAACAGACAAAAUUGUGGAAAAUCCUGGAACGAAUGCCCAAAGGCGCACUUUUGCAUGCUCAUAUGGAUGCCAUGUUUGACCUUGACUUCUUGAUAGAUCAAGCUUUUGAGACACCGGGUAUGCAUAUGUCCGCUCCAGCACCGUUACUAACCAAGGAAGAAUUGGAAAUGGCUCCAUUCACCUUUCAAUACUUACAAAGACCGCGUGAAGUAUCUGAAAAUAAAGAGCCUCUUUGGAGCAACAACUAUAAACCUGCUUCGUUCGUCCACAUUAGUAAGUGCGCUGCCACAUUCCCCGACGGGGGAGAAGCAGGAUUUCGAAAAUGGCUCAAGGAUCGAAUGAUGAUUACCGCGGAGCAUUCGUAUUAUCACCAUCAUGGUGUUAAUGCCAUAUGGAGCAUAUUCGAACGCGUUUUUCCGAUAUUACAAUCUCUUAUAUUCUACGAACCAAUUUUCCGACCGUGUUUCCGACGUAUGCUUGCAGAGCUGGCUAGAGACGGCAUCAGAUACGUUGAUUUCAGGGCAGCAUUUGUUUUCGAAUGGCGCAAGACGGGCAGUGCAACCACAGAAAGCGACUUUGUCGAAUUUUUCAGAGUUUUCAAGGAUGAAAUCGAAAAAUUUAAGAUUAGUGAAGAAGGAAAAGAAUUUUAUGGCGCCCGGAUGAUCUGGACGACUGUUCGAGCAUUCUCCAACAGAGAUAUUGUCGAUAGCAUGGAGCAAUGUAUAAUUGCCAAACAUGAAUACCCUGAUAUGAUAUGUGGUUUUGACCUCGUUGGUCAAGAAGACAAGGGGAGAACACUUGCUGAUUUGGUGCCGUUAUUGUUUUGGUUCCGAAAAGUGUGCGCUGAGGAAGGGGUCGACAUACCCUUCUUCUUCCACGCGGGCGAAUGUCUUGGAGAUGGCGAUGAAACGGACAACAAUCUAUACGAUGCAAUCCUGCUAGGCACACGGCGAAUCGGACAUGGAUAUUCUCUUUACAAGCACCCUCUCCUGAUUAAUCUCGUCAAAGAGAAGAAAAUCCUCAUUGAAUGCUGUCCCAUAUCGAACGAAAUACUCCGCCUCUCAAGUACCAUCAAACAUCACUCUCUUCCGGCUUUACUAUCCCGCGGGGUCUCCGUGUCUCUCAACAAUGACGAUCCUGCCGUCCUCGGACACGGCAAAAACGGCCUCACUCACGAUUUCUGGCAGACGCUCCAAGGUCUAGAAAAUUUGGGAUUAUCGGGCCUUGCCACCAUGGCCGAAAAUUCGAUACGAUGGAGCUGCUUUGAAGAUCAGACCGCUGCCGAGUGGCAGGCUGAUAUCAAGCAGGGUAUCGCGGGCCAGGGGGUAAAAGGGAAGCGCUUGCAGGAAUGGUACCAGGACUUUGAGAAGUUUUGUCAAUGGGUUGUGAUGGAGUUUGCAGAUGAGAUUGAUGAUUAGCCCUGUAAAUAGUAAAGCAUGACCUAUGGUUUCUUCCUUGGCCAUAUCUUCAAUGGGCAUCAUGAUGUAUGUAUAUCAAGCAGUCGACUAAGCAGAAGACUCGAUCUUAUGGUAGCACUAACUGUACUACGUGAUACUGAUAGAUAUUUAUUACGCCUGGAGGGACUAACCCUAUA